AUGUCUGCCCGCUAUUCAGCGCUCCUCGCGCUAACCCUGCUCAUCGUCCACCUCGACUUCUCCCGCGCCGUCAAGUGCUACAAGUGCAGCACCAUGAUGGGUAGCGAAAGUGAAAGCGUCAACGAACGCUGGCCGCCUCACCCGGACUGUCUGCAAGGCAGCAAGGAGUUGCCGACCUGCGAGAGCGCUUAUUGCGUCGCAAUUAUGGGUGCUAAUGGAACGUCGAUGCUGAGAUUCUGCUCCGAUGGGCCGACACAAUGCGGCAAGUACGAAGGUGGUGGCGUAGUUACGUGGAGCUGUGGCUGCACCACUGACCUGUGCAACGACUGGGAUCCGGCCACGUUGAAGGCGAAGACGUCGUCCAACACCACCUUCCUCAUCGCCAUCGCCAUCGCCGUCGUCGUCGCCAAGAUGCUCGCCCUUUUC